GUCCGGGGGCCGCGCCCAGCUGGGUCGGGACGCGCGCCCUGAGCUGCCGGCGCUCCGCAGGGACUCGGGCCGGGAUCCUCGGGAGGCUGCAGCGGCCGGGGCCGGGAGCGGGCCAUGAUGGGCCGGCGGCGCGCCUUCGCCGUGGACGGCCGGGAUGGGACUGGCGAGGGCCUGGCACGGGGCUGCAUAGUGCCUGGAGUCACCAGCACCUACAGACGGAUCCCGGACGCUGCCCACGGGUGCUCAUCCUGGGAGAGAGGUGACAAGCUCAGAGGUGUCAACAGGGAGGCGCUGUUUCUCAAACUGGCUUCCCGGGACUCAGGAGUGGAGAUGGCAGUUGGGGACAGCCCCCUGGCUGCCUUACCGGGCCUUUCUCAGGACUCCCUGGACUUUGAAUCCUCAGGGAGUCCCGAGCCCCCAGCCCCUGUAGACCAGCCCCUGGCCAGCCAGAAGCUGGGGCAAGUGCUGGAGCGUUCCCACCGGCUCCCAGCAGCUCCCGCUAGCUUGUCAGGACAACACCGCUGCCUGCGGCCGCCCAGCAAGUGCGAGCGUGAAGUGCCCCUUUUUGGAGCAGGGGAACCGGAGUCCAUGGAGGCAGACACAGACCUAGAGGCAGGCCUGGAGGAAGAGGCGGUGGGGGGCCUGGGGCCUGGAGCCUGGGCCUGCCUCCCUGGGCAGGGUCUUCGCUAUCUGGAACACCUGUGCCUAGUGCUGGAGCAGAUGGCAAGGCUCCAGCAGCUCUACCUGCAGCUGCGGAUCCAGAGGCCCCCAGGGGAUCCCGGUGAGGAGGAGUCAGCCCGAGCCCCUUUACCGUCCCCCUUACACACCCCAGGUAAUGGGGGGCAGCGGCCAUGGGAGCUGCUAAGCCAGACAGAGCAGACAGGUGAGGGGCCAUCGUGUCGCCCUUUGUCCUGCAUGCCUGGGGUCCCACCAGCAGGUCCUCUGAGCCGAAGCUUGAUGGGGUGUCUUCUGGCCCUGGCCAACCUGAUUCUUUUUCUGAAGGGGCAAAGGCUGCUUCACCCCCAAAGGUGGAGGUGCCCAGCGCCAACCCUCCCAGGCUGCCAGAAACCCCAGUGGAGCCAGCGUACCACUUGCCAUCCUCCCAGGGACACAAGCGGGAUUUCUCCCACUGGGACAAGGUCAAGGUCCUGCUCAACCGGAUCUGCCGGAGAAGCCACCACCACCCUGAGCCCCCUGCCCCUCCUGAUGGCUCUGACCCCAGGAUCGAGUCCAGGGACCUCCCUGAAAGGCCUCAGUGCCGCCCCCACCGGAAAACCUUUAUGCCGUCAUUAGUGGUUAAGAAACAACGAGCACAAAACCUUUCUGUAGGCUGAGACCUCUCGGUGCACCUGGUGACCCUGGGUGGAAGGGACUUGCUGUGAAGUCUUCCUCGCCCUUUGCCCUGUUGCUGCUUCUCCACAUUGCCAGGAAAAGCUGCUGAUGCCUGCCCUCCUCUCUUGAGUGGAGGGUGAAUCUUUCUCCUCUAAGCAGUCUGGUCAGGAGCCCUGGUUUCUUGAGAGGCCCCCAAGAUGCGGCAGCUCCAGGGCUGUUCCUCCUCACCAGAAAUCCCUGGGCUUCCACAAUGUGAACUCACUCAUUAUCAGGUGUCCAUGGAGUAUUUUUGACCGGUGACCUGUCUGGGCCCAGCAUGUUGCAGAUGUGUAUUUAUGCACAAUGGUAUGCAUAUCUCUGUGUGACUGUCAGUGUUGCAAGCUGGCUGGAUCCAACCAUCUCUUCUGAAAUAAUGCAUCCAAAGGGUUGAUAUUCUGGGGGAGGUCACUGCAGAAGGAUGGAACUGACCUUUAUUCCCCAGUGGGCAGUUACUGAGCUUUCUGCCUCAGAGCCAUGCUGGCAGCCCUGGGACAGAGAACGGUGUGGCUUUGACUGCCUCUGCAUGGAGUCUUGCCCCAGACUCCUGAAGACUGCACCAGAAAUGAGGAAGAUCAGGGACAACCUGGGAACAGAAGAAUAACUUUCAAAGCCAGUGCUCAGCUUCUCUCCCCCGUGCUAGCGUUUACAGGCCCUAACUCAAACCAGAUGCCUGUACUAGUUUUUAGACCCUAAAUCAACCUUUCUGAGCCACAGUUUCCAGCUGGGAAUAAUGAUGCCUGCCCUACCUACCUCACAGACUUGUUAUGAGGAUAAAGUGAGAUUAAACUGCCUCAAAGUG